GGGCCCCCCAGCCUGCGAUGAGCACUCGCAGGUCGAGCGGGCGUCGUCCACCCUUCGGAGCCCCGCUUUCAUGCGCGAAAUCCCCAGAAGUCGCCUGCGACCGCCUCCCUGCUUCAAACACCAGAGAGGGCCCGGGGUCCUGGCCGGAGACAGGCCGAACCUCCGGAGCUCCUUCUGCACCCGGUACAUGGACCGAACUGAUGGGCUGCGCGCCCGGAAGAGCUGGGGAGAUGAGGCCAGCGUCCAGCUUCUCCCCCAAACCCAGCACGCCGAGCUUUGUCCCCGGGGAGCGUGAAGUCACCAGCUCCGGGAGGCGACAAUAUGAGGGCGAUGGACGGGGCAGGGACCCCCGGAAGCCCCAGCAGUUCUCGGGGAAGUGGGGGUGCCAGAGGAGUCGGGGACACUCUCGGGCCUCUCCAAGCCGGGAGCAUCCCCAGCGCCCGCAGCCCUGUGAGACGCCGGGUGUUCUGGUUAUGGGCCCUGCCGCCAGGCCUCGGCGCUUUGUCCCCGGCCCGCCCGGGGAUGCUACCGCGCUAGAGUUGUACACCAAGGUUUGCCUUCCCAGGAAGCGCUGCGGCCGCCUGGCGCAGAGCCCCAGGCAGCAGGCGCCGCGUGUGCGGGCGGGAAGUUCCCACAGUUGCAAAGAGGGAGCGAAGUAUAUGUUCCAAACUUUCCACGGUUCCAAACUGAGCGCUUCCAUUAAGAGAAGCGGUGUGCGGGGGAAAAGCAUUCUGGGUAUUAGCAUGCAAAUGAACGGGCCCGGCUUCCAACUCCGCUCGGGAUUCCCACCGCUACGCGCCGAGCUCGCGCCCAGCCACGCGCGCCCUGAGGCUUCCGGGCGUUGCCCUGGCGUUUGAUCCGAGUUCAAAAUCGAGACAUCUACCUUCUGGUUUUGUGUCCCGGUGCUUAGUCACUUGGCCUCCCUGAGAUUCAGUUAAACUGACUGUUCCUUAACCUAUACACGGGGACAGCAGCACCUGUCUUGCACACCUCCGCUCUAGGGCAUAGUAUAUGCCAAACUCUGUUGGAGAGAAUGAAUGAGCCUUAGAGGCUUGAAGAAAGUUCCCUGGACAUGAAGCCAGGAGUUCUGUGUCCUAAGCCCAGACUCACUGUCACCUUGGGCUAGUGACUCCUUCUCUGAGCCACAGCUUUCUUGGGCGGAUUUUGGGAACUGGCACGUUUUAUUUUUGAGGGAGCUGCUGGGAAAGGGUCCGGGCGCGGCAGCUCACGCCUGUAAUCCCAGCACUUGGGGAGGCUGAGGUGGGCGGAGCACCUGAG